AUGUCAGUUGCGAACAUGGAUGAUUUCGAUGUUCCCAAUCGGCCUAUACACUCGCAUAGCUGGAGUUCGGGUAGAGGCUCCUCUAACGAAAGUCAAAGGAGGCCCAUCUCUGAGACCUCUCCGUUUUGUUCAAGCAUACUAGCCACAAUGCUCAAGUCUAGAAUACUAAGCUCCCAUCCAUCCAUCAGGGAGCUGAUUGAUGAAAUUUUGGAUGCUGAGAGACUCAUCCAUUGGCAACAUCUCAAAUCUCUUAAGAAAAGAUUUUUAUUGUCUCACAACAGCAACCACAUAGCAAAACGCACCUAA